UUCCGUAGAAAUUUUUUCAAAGAAAAUUAUGGCUAAGAGUAGUUGCAAAUGUACGGGCGAUCGCGAGUGAUCGUAGAAUUCUUGUAAUAUCGGAAAUCGGUUUCAAUAUUUUUUUUUGGUUUGGUUUGGUUGUUUCAUUUUGGGCAUUUAGUUUCAUUUUGUUUUUAAUCUGCUUCUUGCGGUGGUGAAUCAAGCUAAGCCUAAAUGGUGUCUUUGUAAACAAAGAGAGAAACUUAAAAACACCGACUCCCGCUCUCACGAAAAGUACAGUGUCUGGCAAAUAAAAAAGAAAAUAAACGAGAUCUAAUCAGCAAGAAAACAAGAAAAAAGUUACAAAUAUUUAAACUUAAACAAAAAAAGUAAUUAUCACAAAAAAAGGACAUUUAUUGUCCUGGAAAAAAUAUAUUAUUUAAUUAACUUCAAAUAAGCCACAACAUGUCAAAGCCACGACCAAUGCAGCACCACCAGCCCCACCAUGCAAGCCUUGACCAGGAAUUCCAAAUACGACGUAAGGAAUCCUUUCACUGGGGCACAUUUUUAUAUAACACCGAAAAGGGCACCGUUAUGGGCAGAGACAAAGUCUCAUGGGCAAAAAUUGGCGUUUUCUACACAGCAUUUUAUGGAGUCUUAGCGGCGCUGGUAGCCAUUUGUAUGUGGGCAUUUUUCCAGACAUUGGAUCCGCGCAUACCAAAAUGGACACUCGAUGGAUCGUUGAUAGGAACAAAUCCAGGUCUCGGCUUCCGACCCCUACCAGAAUCGGAAAAUGUUGAAAGCACCCUGAUUUGGUACAAGGGCACCCAUUAUGAAAACUACAAACAAUGGACAGAUUCAUUGGAUGAAUUUUUAGCUGUUUACAAAGUACCUGGUUUGACUCCCGGCCGUGGUCAAAAUAUCUACAAUUGUGACUACAAUCAGCCACCACCAAAGGGUCAAGUUUGCGAUGUCGACAUUAAGACCUGGUCACCCUGUACCAAGGAAAACAAUUACAGCUAUCACAAGAGCUCACCAUGUGUAUUCUUGAAAUUGAAUAAAAUCUAUGGUUGGAUACCGGAAUUCUAUAACAGCUCAGCUGAUUUGCCCGAAAAGAUGCCAAAAAGUUUAAAAACCUACAUUACAGAUAUUGAAAAGACACAGCCCCAUAAGAUGAACACUGUUUGGGUGUCCUGUGAGGGUGAAAAUCCUGCCGAUCAAGAAAAUAUUGGUCCAGUCGAUUAUUUGCCCAUACGAGGUUUCCCUGGCUAUUUCUAUCCCUACCAAAAUUCGGAGGGUUAUUUAAGUCCUUUGGUUGCUGUACAUUUCCAAAGACCAAAAAAUGGUAUCAUCAUCAAUAUUGAAUGUAAAGCCUGGGCCAGAAAUAUCUUCCACGAUCGCAAGGAGAGAUUAGGCUCCGUGCACUUUGAACUUUUAAUAGAUUAAAACAAAAGAUAUAUUUUUCGACAAAAACAACAACAACAACACCAACAACAAAAGAACUUCCUUACCACAAACACACACACAACAAAACACAAACACAGAUAUUUAGUUAAAAUGUAAUUUAUCAACAAUUAUCGUAUGCUUUUUAAAUAACUUUCUGACAAAAAAAAAAAACAAAUAA